AGCCUCCACAGACGCGCAUCCGGUUAGCGGGGCUUUUCUAGGCGAGGCUCCCGCGGUCUCCUGGCGCCACGAUUCUCCGGGGCCUUCUGGGAACUGUAAGAGAAGCGAGGUUCCCCCGCAUACCCCCGAACCAGAGGAGUUCCGGGUGGCGACCUCGGGACAGGUAGGAAAAGCUCUGAUUGGUUCAUUCAAAGCUACUGUGGGCAUUCCCUCAAGCAGUUGCUUCCUGUAUGAUACUGGUCAGAGGCUCCUUUCCAUGUUGCGUCUGUAAGAGCUGCCAGCCAGUCUGCUGAUGCCAUUCCUCUUUCUUCGUCACCCAGCCUUCGAUCACCAUUCCUGGCCCUUUCUUGAGAGUACCUGAAAAUGGACAGUACCCAGAGAUCACUUUCCUUCAAGGACUUGACUGUGGUCUUCACGCGUGAGGAGUGGCAGCAUCUGGGCCCUGCGCAGCGCAUCCUGUACAGGGAUGUGAUGCUGGAGAACUACCGUAACCUUGUCUCAGUGGGGUUUCGUAUUAGCAAACCAGAUGUGAUCUUAAAAUUGGAGAAAGGAGAGGAGCCUUGGAUAGUGGAAAGAUCGCCAUGUCAGAACCAUGCAGAAGACGGUGAUGCCUUAGAGAAGGACAAGGAAAGACAAGACAAACAUUUGAAGCGGUUUUCAGUCUUCAGUAACAAAACGAUGCCAGAAGAAGCCAAUCUGUGUGCGAAAACAGUUGCUCUCGACACGAAUAAUGUCUCUUCAGAAAAAAUGCUCCAUAAAUAUGAUCCAGGUGGAAAUGACUUGAAGACUAAUUCAGAAGAGACUGUUGCAAAGCAAAACCAAGCAACUGCAAAGGUAACUGCUGAGCAAGAUGGGAAUGGGAAGCCAGCGCCCCGCAGGAAGCCUGACAGAAGUCACUCAGGGGCAAAACCAAACAAGCGUAGUGAAGUCAGGGAUGUCAGUAGUCAAGGCGAAGAUCCCCCUCAACACCAGAAUAACCAGCCCUCGGAACAGAAUAAAGGUGAGAAACCGCCCGAGGAGUCAGCCAAUUCUGCAGGACCGGAGGAACGCCCCGAAAGAAAGCGAAAUGAAUGUGCUGAGUGUAGGAAAACCUUUUCUAAGAGGUCCACCCUCAUUGUUCAUCAGAGAAUCCAUACGGGAGAGAGGCCCUACGCUUGUAAUUACUGUAGGAAAACUUUUCGUAUAAAGGCAAGCCUCACUCGACACCAGCGAAUUCACACUGGAGAGAGACCUUACAAAUGCAAAGAGUGUGGGAAAGCCUUCAUUGACAAAUCUGCCCUCCUUGUGCAUCAGAGAAUCCACGGAGGGGAGAAGUCGUAUGAGUGUAAGGAGUGUGGAAAGACCUUCUUUCGGAAGUCGGCCCUGGCUGAGCAUUUCAGGUCACACACAGGGGAGAAGCCUUAUAAAUGCAAGGAGUGCGGGAAUGCCUUUGGCAAGAAAUCGUACCUCAUUGUGCACCAAAGAACUCACAGGGGAGAGAAGCCAAAUGAAUGUAAGGAGUGUGGGAAGACCUUCUUCUGUCUGUCAGCCCUGACAGCACAUCAGAGAAUUCACACUGGGGAAAAACCCUAUGAGUGCAACGAGUGUGAAAAGACUUUCUUUUGUCAGUCUGCCCUCAACGUGCAUCUGAGAAGCCACACCGGAGAGAAACCCUAUAAAUGCCGCCAGUGUGGGAAAUUUCUGUGCACCAAGUCGGCCCUGGUUGCACAUCAGGUAAUUCACAGAGGAAAGAAGUCUUUCGAGUGUAGCGAAUGUGGGAAGCUUUUCUACCUUAAGUCAACACUCACGAUACAUCAGAGAACUCACACAGGAGAGAAGCACGGUGUGGUCAGUAAGUGGGGCCGCACAGCCACUGGGAAGUCAAACUGCAGUGAGCAGAAAAGAGCAGACACAAAGGAGAAGCCUUGUGAGGCCAGUGAGCACAAGCGCACGGGCCACAAAAACUCACGCCGCUUUGCACACAAGAGAACCAUAUGGGAGAGGCCUUACGAAUGUAAUGAAUGUGGGCGGACCUACUGCCGGAAGUCCGCGCUCAGGCACCAUCAGAAGACGCACUCAGGAGAGAGGCCCUAUGAGUGUAAAGAGUGUGGGAAAACCUUCUGCCAAAAGGUCUCCUUCACUGAACAUCAGCGAACUCACACUGGGGAAAAACCGCACAAAUGCAAAGAAUGUGGGAAAUCUUUCCGCCAUAAGUCAGCAUUCACAGUGCAUAAGAGAAUUCACACCGGGGAGAAACCGUACGCAUGUAACGAAUGUGGGAAGAGCUACCGUCGGCUCUGGACUCUGACCGAACACCAGAAAAUACACACAGGGGAGAAACCCUACGAAUGUAGUAUGUGUAAGAAAACAUUUCGCCACAAAUCAAACUUCCUUUUACAUCAGAAAACUCAUAAGAAGUAAAUUCCAGCCAGGCAACAGAUCAUUUACGUAAUGCUCCAUUCCUGAGUUAUACAUAAGGAGUGAGACCAUGUCAGCACACACAGGGACUAUAUUGUUUUUUGUUUUGUUUUGUUUUGUUUGCCAAAGUGAAACAUCUCUUAACACCAGAGAGCUCUUGGGGGUGACAUACAGUUCCUUUCACGAACAUCGUACUUUGAGUGUGAACUGUGAAAACAUUGAGCAUUUCAAACAUUACACCAGGUGUGCCUGCCUCCCUUUCAAACCUUGAAGCCAACACUCCUCCCUUCUUGGUCACCUCCACAGUUAAUUUGCAUCGUGUGUGCGAGUCUUGAUCCCGGAUCACCCGUUGCCGGUUGUCCCUGUGAUAACUGAGUGGUUUCUGUUCACGAGUUUACGGUCUUAGCAGCUCAGACCCUACUACCUGCUCGUCUCCCGUCCCCGUUGUCUGCAGCGGGGAGGCGGACAAACCAUUGUGCCCUUGCCCACCUGUAGUGACUCCCACACACGAGCAAGCACUUGCCAAAGCUGAGUCACUGCGUUUUUCUAAUCCAGUGAAAGGCGUAAGGUAGCUUGUAAGUGUCUGGAGCCAAGGAAACAGCAAUUGCAGUUACCAUGACAACAGUGUAACAGGCAGAUUUGAAUAGCAAAGAGGAUUUGGGGAGUGUUUCAAUCAAAACAGUGUCUCUGCUGUUAGUGCUUUUAAAUGCCUCUGUUAGUGGUUUAAUUAUGUCAGUAUUCUCAAAAAAUACCUUGAUUUUUCUAAUAAACGUGUCCAUAGGGGUAUUAUUUAGAAUUUACCUAUCAGCCUCUUAGGAAAGGUCUCCGUGGUGCCGAAUAGAAUCACGUAGUGUGAAUGAGUGCAUAGCCAGAAUGUCUGUAGUUCGUAGGGGGCUGAUGUCCAGUGCUGGUAGCCAGCCACAAGUGGAAUUUUCCACAAAUGCAGCCCUGCUCUGAUUGUGCUGUGCAUUUCCUAGGACAAUGAAGUGAGUUUAAUUCAUUAACAAAAAAAAGCCACUGGGUAACUGGCCAUGGGCCUUGCAUGCCUUGAUUAAGCUGGCAAAUUGGAGUGGCUGAAGCAAGUUGUAUCAUCCAACUCAGUCCUGGCGAUGAGAGUCUCACGCUGACCUCCUGACCUGCGUGCGGCCUCUGCUUGAGAUGUUGGGACCUUGGGUCAGGAAAGCCGCCCUUUGAGACCCGGCAGAAAUCCCAAGAUGAUCUGUUUCUUCAGUUAGGAUUUUACAUCUCUCAGUAAGGUAAACACGUAUUUGUGAGUGCACAUGGGUUCCAUGUACAUGAAUAUAAAUUGAAAACGUGAAUACAUGUGCACAUCAAUAGUGAUAUUUUUCUGAAAUUUUUAAUAAUUAAAAGAUUUGGUUGCUGUUGCAGAUAGACUUUUACCAUUGUUUUUAAAAUUACCGAUAGAGGCCCUGACAAGGACCAGCAAGCAAAUGGUGCUUGUUGAUGAGCCUGACAGCCUGAGUGUGAUCAAGUGUGAUAUGGCGUGUACACACACACACACACACACACACACGGAAUAAGUAAAUACAUAAAAUCUAAAGUGUUUAAAAAACUCACUGAUGGAAUUCUUACCAAGUUUGUCAAAAUGUGUCCCUUAUACUUACUUUUCUUUGCCUGGUCUUCUGAGACUCACAGCUCCUUGUAAAGGAAAUUGUGGGGCUGUCUUGUGUAGGUAGUUUUGUUCUCUGAUGAUCUGUACCCUAGCUGUCUAGUUGUGCCUUCUGCUUGCCAUGCAGCGAAUCACAAUCCUGUGAUUCCUGAAUUGUUUGCCUUUAUUGCUUAGACUCCGAGGAUAGAAGGGAGUGCUGUAUGCUGGGGGAACGUGUUUUUUUUCUAAGCCUGAUUGGAAAAAAAAAAAAAAAAGUAAGCCUGCAAAUGGAAUGUCAGUGAGCCCUGAACACAGAAAAAUCCUAAGACGGCAGACUAAAACGCGAAGGUCCAGUGAGGGCUCAGCUGGUAGAGGUGGUGGUUCUGCAAGCCGGCAACCCAGGAGACAUGUGAUGGUGGACGGAGAGAUGCGACUCCACAACAGUGUCCUCAGACCACACAUGGACUGAGGUGCAGCCAUGCACACAUACCAUAACAGUGUAGUUUGUAAAGUUUUUUUUUAACUCUGAGACAUAAAAAAUCAAAACUAAUUAAAUGUAAAAAAAAAAAAAAAUCUUUUGAAAGCAGCUGAAGGGAUCAGCGAUGUUUAGGGUCUGUGAGCUCUGUACAGCUGCUGGAAGCAACUGCCUCACUGACCCGAAGAGCGGAUCUCAUCUCACAGACCUGGGACAGUGGACAGCCCCGGUGCCGCAAGUACCCUCCCUUCUGCCUGCCGGAGACCGGCUCCGCGUCUGUUCUCACUGCGCAUGUCUGUCUGCAUUUCCGUUUUAUCAGGACACGUCUGAUCGGGGUCCCACCUUCCUGAAGCAUGACCUCAUGUCGACUGACAUCUGUAACAGCCUACCUCCGUGAGGUCUCAUUCGGAGGGAUUACAGGCUGGGAGGACUUUAUCUGUUGGUACCUAAAAGUUACCCCCACGUGUACCAGAUUAAAAUCACAGUAGAUGUCUGUUGUGUGGACUUUUACUGGGGAAAAAUGCAACGCACACACCCACUCGACCUAGGAAGAAGACCUAAGUGAGACCAAAGUGAAAAUUCACCAGCUGAGCAAGCCAGUGAGUUUGUUGAGAUUACUAACAGGACUGGGGGUGGUGGUGGUGCGUUCAGGAGCAGAGGUGGUCCAGAAGCAGCUGCAUCACGAAAAUCCUGCCCCAGUGAGUGAUGACAGCUGCAGCCCCAGACCUCCCUGCACAGCCUGCGGCCAGCUGAGCAGUCAGGAUCUGCAGCCUGGCUGGUCAGUCUCCUUCCCUAGUGAUGGCGUCCAGUUUCGGCUUUCCUGGGCAGUGUCGCGUAAAAUCACUUGGUAGAGGAAGAGGACCAGCUCCUGCACACUGUCCUCUUGUCCCCCCACACUCUGGCACGUGCAUCAGAAUCUGUCAAGCUCCCCCUCUCCAUAUACACAAUAAAUAUAAGUUUUGUUUUGUU